AUGGCGUCCGACGACCUCUUCGAAGGCCUGCCUCCGCCUGCGGCGCCCGCCGGCGAAGACCGUGCGGGUGCGGCCUCCCCCGCGCCGCCUCCUCCUCCGCCGGCUCCGAAGGUGCCGAGGCAUUCCGCGCUGAAGAGCUCCCUCAAGCGGGACAAGCCCUCCCCCUCCUCGGCCGCCACCUCCUCCUCCUCACCCGCCGCCGCCGCCGCCAGCGUCGCUCCCGCCGAUGUCGCCGCCGUAGGCCGCGUUCCUGAGAAGCGUCUUCGCUUCAGAACUACUGUUGAUGCAUCAGAAAUGCAAAUCAUUGAGGCUAUGCAGAAGAUAACUUCACAUAUAGGGAAUCCUUCAAAAUUCAGCAAGGCAUCAAAGCUUGCUCUACAGCUUAUUGAGGCUGGAAGUGUCAAGCCAGAGACAAUCGGUCACUUCUUUGCUGUACUAGAGGCUGCAAUGUCUUCACCGGGAGCCUGCAAUGAACCUUCUGUACGUGCAGAUUACCAGGCACUGUUUAAUGCUGCUGAGGGUGUAACAGAGUGUUUCAACCAAGAGCAGAAAAAUCAGUUUGAUGUAUGGAUGCUUCACGCAGUGGUGGCUAAUGAUCUCUGUACUGAUGACAGUUUUGUGUUUUCAAAGGCUGUAGGGAAGAUUAAAGAUGCCAUUUCAGCCCUGCCGGUAGCGACAGUGGACGAUGAUAACGAUGAAGCAGCAGCACUUGCAGCACUUGCUGAGAUCCAAUCUGGCACCACAGAGAAUAAGGCAGCCGAUAGCAACACACCUGCUGCAGCGUCCAACUCUGGAGAAGAAUCCUCAGAUCCUUUCGGUCUAGAUAAUCUCCUGGAGCACAAGCCAAAGAAAUCCGAGAAGUCUCAGGAUAAGGGGGCUGGAGCCCUGAGCAGAAAGGCAGACGAGGAGUCCAGGAGACUUUUGAGGUCACGGCGCGAAGCCCUCCUGAAAUGCCUCGAGACAGCCGCUCGGCGCUACAGGAUACCAUGUGGGCUGGCUUUGUUUGUCAGGACGCAGACGAGCAUCGACAUCCUGGGGCGGCACGCGUACGAGAGCGUGGGGCGGUUCACGGCCCGGCAGCGGGAGGCGGUGGAGAAGCUGUGGAACUCGAUCAAGGAGCAGCAGAUCCGGCGCAAGCACGGCAAGUCGGCGAGCGGGAAGCUGGACGUGAACGCCUUCGAGCGGCUCCAGGAGAAGUACUCCCACGAGAAGAUCAGCAUCCGGCGCGCCGUCGGCGGCGCGGGCGACCGCCGCGCCACGCAGUGGCUCGGCUAA